UUUUCUUUUUUUAAUUGUGUGCAUGUUGAAUCACUUCCGCAGUCAACGAAUGAACUGACAACAUGUUGGCAACAACCAGAAUAUUCCGACUUUAUACACAAUAUUCUUUGCAAUGUGUCACAAGAAAUGCAUUCCAUUGUUCAUCAGUUCAAAGUGCAAAGGUUGCCGUGGUAUUGUCCGGCUGUGGAGUAUACGAUGGAACAGAAGUACACGAGGCCUCAGCGAUAUUAGUCCAUCUAAGUAGAAAUAAAGCGGACGUAUCCAUGUUUGCACCAGACAUUGAACAAAUGCAUGCUAUUGACCACACGAAAGGGGAACCAAUGCCAACUAAUAGGAAUGUCCUAGUAGAAUCAGCACGUAUUGCCAGGGGUAAAGUACAAGCACUAUCAAAUCUUACAGCCAAUGAUUACGAUGCAGUCAUAUUUCCAGGCGGAUUUGGAGCAGCUAAAAAUUUGUCAACUUUUGCCGUAGAUGGUGCUAACAUGAAAGUAAACAGUGAUGUAGAACGAAUUAUACAAGAAUUUCACAAAGGAAACAAACCGAUUGGGCUGUGUUGCAUUGCUCCUGUUUUGGCGGCAAAGGUGAUUCUUGGAUGUGAAGUAACAGUAGGUUCAGACCAAGAAGAAGGAGGCAAGUGGCCGUAUGCUGGAACAGCCGCGGCUAUUACAACAAUGGGGGCAUCACAUCAGAAGAAAGAUGUCUCUGACGUACAUGUAGAUCAGAAAAACAAAAUUAUAACUACACCUGCCUACAUGUGUGAAACUGCACUUCACGAAAUAUUUGAUGGCAUUGGCAAAAUGGUAACUGGUGUUUUAAAACAUACCAAGUGAUAGUGUUAUAAUUUUUAAACUAUAUAAAAAACAAUAUUGAUGCUGAAAUGUCCUGGUUACACACAUGGUAUUGAGAUGCAUUGAAAAAGUGUGCUAUUAAAUAAAAAUAUUUCUUAA